UGGAACAUUGCAGAACACGCAACUGUGGGUGGCUGGUACAAAAAGUGACUUUCUUGCUAUCUGGAUGUUCCAGGAAGGCCAAGCUGGAAAAAUGCAUGAUUUCAAAGACCUUUCUUAAUGAAGUAUAUCUUCACAGCAUCCUCAAGAAUCACACGGCUCAUGCUUGUGAAGGGGAUUCACUCGCCAUCCAGUGUCCAACCCGGACGUCGGUGGCCAUCCUAUCAGCCUUCUAUGGACGGCGUGUCCCUCAUCAGUAUUUAUGUCCCAGCUCAAAGACCAAUCUAACCGUGGAGGAGGACACCGAGUGCUCCUCUCCGGUUGCUGUCAAGAAAGUGCUGUCAGAGUGUCAGGAUGAGCGCUCCUGUCACAUUCCGGUUUUAAGCCCCGUGUUUGGUCCCGACCCCUGUCCUCUCACCAGCAAGUACCUACUAGUGUCCUACAAGUGCAGACCAGCACACCACCGCACACGGCUGGUGUGCGAGAACGAACGUCUGAGGCUGGCGUGUAAAAACCACACGGUCCUUGCCAUUUACUCAGCCACGUUUGGUCACCUGCUGCACGGAAGCCCCCUGUGCCCUCAGGGGGGUGGCUCCCAGGUGGACAUGGAGUGUUUGUCGCCAUCGGCUCUGAGGAGGGUGUCACGCCGCUGUCAUGGUCGAGCGAACUGUUCAGUGCUGGCUGAUACUCAAACCUUUGGGGACCCGUGCUUCCCUGGCACCAGGAAACACCUGCGAGUGUCCUACACCUGCGUGCCCAGGUAUCUUCUGGAGGAUGUGGGCCGGGGGUCGACGGAUCCUUUCAUGCUCUCAGACUACACACACGGUGGAUGGUACACUGGCCCCACCUACAGGCCUCAAAAUGUGCUACUAACCAACUUUCUGGAGAUGAUAGAAAAACUGUUGGGAGUCCCUGAAAGAGUGGCUCUAUAUUUUGUCUCUGGCAUCUGUGCUGGUCUGGUGUUCCUGUUCUGUCUGUUUGGCCUCCGCUCCACACUGGUCAAGGAUGUGAAGGAGCUGGUGUCGGAUCUGAAAAAUGAGAUGAAAUCUUCCAGCAGACAGAACAAGGACCUUAUGGAGGACCUCUAUGAAGACGAUGAUGAUGUCUCGGAUGCCUCAUCCUUCCGUCAACUCACUCAGUCAUAUCGCAUGGCGGAAAUGUUUGCUCCCUCCACGCUGACUGUGGAGAUGCUGGGUCAGGGUGUGGAAAACAGGAGGGAGCUUCCCAAUGGAGAUAUGUGGCCACAUCCUGACACCAGCCCAUAUGCCAUUCAUCAGAUUAAAACUUACAAUAAUUGAGUCCAUUCUAAUGAGUCCAUUCAUUUUCCAUUAUGUGUUCAUAUUUUUUAUUUUAACUCCAUCACAUUUUAUUUUAUGAUUUUAAUGUAUAUUUUAGUAUUUAACGUUGCUUUAAUAGUAAUAGUAUUUUUUUUUUUUUUUCGUUUUCUAUGCCUUAAAAUCACUUUAAGUUUCCCUGUGUGUGAAUUAUUGCUAUGCAAAUAAACUUGCUUGAACUACAA